UAUGCAAUAAAUACCCUAUUCCACAUUUUUGUGUUGAAAAUAAUGAAGGUCGCUCACGCACGAGCCGUCGCCAACUUCAGUCAGCUAUAUGAAAUAAAGUUUGCGAUGUUGCGAACUAAAAGAUCAUCAUGAAGAGAUAAGCAGUGAAUAAUAGAUUGGGACUUUUUUCGUACUGCCAUUCUGCGGCACAAACUGGUAUAAAUAGAGAGCGGAUUUCUUCUGUUGACACAAGUGCAAAAGUGUGGUGCUUAGAAAUCUUUAAAUACUGCAGUUUUCCAUCACCCGGGCAUCAAAUCUGAAAUUGCUUGAUACCUGUAUCAUCUACUCAAGAGUAUAUCAACAAAAAUAUGAAAUAUACCGAAGAUACGAGUGCAUCAACCGAAGAUAUGAAUACAUUAAAGAUGCAAAAGUGUUGUUCAAGGAAGCAAACAUUUUUGCCAAUUGUGAUAUAUAUAUUAUACAUCAUUGGAUCUCUAAUUGUUCCCGCCGACGGAAACGUAUCUUGGUCAUCUAGGAGACGGCGACACGUACAAGUCAUCGACACGGACAUCGAAGUCGCCGUCGACCCAAUGCCUGUCUCGAAAUCCUCAAGCCCCGCGGAACAUAACCUACAUCGUCGACGUCCCAGACGUUCAACAUCGGAUCAUGACUUCGUCGCUUUUCGUAAAUUUUUACACAAUCUCAGGACCGCCGGACGCGGUGCCAGAUUGGAUUUUUCCAGCGUUAUGAGAAGAGACUCUAUUGCUACAAUAUCGGAACGAGCUUCGACUGGAAAUAUGAUUGCAAAUAAGGUUAAAUGUGGAGGAUGUCAACUUACAAAACAAUGGAUUCCAGUAUCCAAGCCAGGAUGCAGAACAAACUUUGUACUUGCUCCUAUAUGUAUGGGAAUGUGUGAAACAUGGGAGAUUCCUGAUGUGAAUCCACCAUUCAUUAAAACGAAUCACCGAGUAUGCAGACCAACCAAAAUCGAAUUUAGGAAGAUCAGAUUGCGACGUUGUAAUCCGGGAGUUAACGCUUAUCACGUCGUACCAGUGGCGCAGAACUGCACAUGCAUGAAAUGCAAAUCGCGGAAUACGGCCUGUCGACCACUUUUGUGAUUUACUACUGCUAUUCCAGGCCUGUAUAAAGACUAUAUUUCCCGAUGAACGUUUCUACUGUAUAUGGUGCGAUACUGUGCAUGAAAUAGCUGUGCCUUUUCUUCCUAUUAUGUUUGCACUCUUUGGUUUUAUCAAACCAACUUUUUUUGAACACUUGUGGCAAUUUUAUUUUUCAUUUUUUGCUUAAUUUAUGUCUUCAAUAACGAGAAUAAAAAUGAAUGGCGGAUUUCAUCGAAAGUAAUCAUUUGUCAAAAGGUUUUUUAAAAAUGAAUGUAAAAUGAAUUAGACCAAGUGUAUGAAAUCGUGUAGAACAGUUUCUAUUAUUUAUCGCGAAAUCACGAUACACGUGGUUUAUUUUUAUGUUACUUUAUUGAGCUUCUUUCACAACCUAUAAAUAAAAAAAUCGUGUUAGUUUGGUUUAAUAUUAUCAUUGAUCGGAAUAUUUGAUUUAUCGCGGUAUGGCGGAGUACGGCGCCAAAACCUAUUUGAAAAAUAAGUAUAUAUUAUUUCAAAUUUAAACUUGGAAUGUUAGUGUCAUCAAUAUUAUAAUAAUAAUUAGUCAGCACAAUAUAUUUUUCAUUUCUGCUCUUAAUUUUUAUUGCUUGCCGUAUUUUGCACUACUCUACGCCAUACUCUAUCGACUUUGAAAUUUUAGAUUUUCAUUUUUCUUUCUUAAAUUAUUAUAUUUCUGCAUUAUUCAUCACCCUUUGAUAUAUGCAAGCA